AUGAAAGACCUCGAGUCCAGAUACCACCCGGCGAGAACAUCCACCAUGGCUCCUAUUCGACGUGCAAUCGUAGCAUUUGCGCUCCUAGUCGGCAUCAUAUUACUAUUCCGGUCCUUCUCAGCCUCCGAAGCAGCCUACCGAGACGAUUCGCCGCAGGGCCAGAAGGGGCUGCGCAUACCUCCUCAGGCAAGGGGUAGCGCGGGGACCUGGCAGUCGCAACUCACCGUCGGAGAUGCCGCAUAUCCAUCACUGCUCGAGAAGCUUCGAUAUCAAUACCCUUAUGAUCUUGAUAGCAAGUUCCCAGCGUACAUAUGGCAGACGUGGAAGUAUUCGGUCGACUCCGGUUCGUUCCCGAAUCAUCUGCGCUCGUUGGAGGCAUCAUGGACAUCUCAAAAUCCGGAAUUCGUUCACGAAGUAAUCUCGGACGAAUCGGCGGAUCACUUGAUUCAAUAUCUAUAUGGCGCCGUGCCGGAAGUGGUUGAAGCGUACAAUUCCUUACCAGCGCCUGUUUUGAAGGCAGAUCUCUUUCGGUACCUGAUCUUGUUAGCGCGAGGGGGGAUUUACUCUGAUAUCGAUACGGAAGCGCUCAAACCGGCUAUUGACUGGUUACCAGAUGAUAUGGAUCCAUCGUCAGUCGGUCUCGUCAUUGGUAUCGAAGCUGAUCCGGACCGACCAGAUUGGCACCAGUGGUACUCGCGCAGAAUACAGUUUUGUCAAUGGACCAUCCAAGCCAAACCAGGCCACCCUGUUCUCCGUGACGUGGUAGCUACUAUCGUCGAGGAUACUCUGCGCAUGAAGAAAAAGGGUGUCCUUACCAUGUCCAAGAUGGACAAGUCGAUUGUGGAAUUCACCGGUCCUGCCGUUUGGACUGAUGCUGUGUUCCGGUACUUCAACAACCCUGAUUACUUUCUGAGUGAAGGUACCCGGAAUGUCACAUAUGAAGACUUUACACGCUUGACUAGACAGAAGAAGAUAGGCGACGUCGCUGUUUUGCCUAUUACCAGUUUCAGUCCGGGUGUGGGUCAAAUGGGUGCUCAAGGGCCAGAUGAUCCUCUAGCUUUUGUUAGCCACCAAUUCGAAGGAUCAUGGAAACCCGAAAACGAGCGCAUUUAUUAA